AAAAAAAAUCUCGUAUAUAUAGAGAGAGUGAGUCGGUUUAUGACGCAAUAAAGCCUCGUUUGGUGAAAUCACGUGACCUCGCCAGAAACGAGCCGCAGAAGUUCCGCAGCCUCCCGACGGUUCCUCCUCCGGUGUCCGGGACGAGCGGCUGAUGGAGAGCGUUCACCGCGGAGGAGCGCGGGCGGCGGAGGCGCUGCAGAGGAGCGCGGGAGGUCACGAGGAGCUCUGGCUGCUCGCGUCGCGUCUCGGGGACCCGAAGGCCGCUCUGCUGCUGCUCUUCCCCGCCGUGCUCUACACUCACCGGCGCUCCGGGAUCACGGUGCUCUGGGCCGCCGCGCUCUCCGAGUGGACCAACCUGCUCCUCAAGUGGGUCCUGUUUGGUGAAAGGCCUUACUGGUGGAUCGGAGAGUCAGGCCUGUUCCUUGAGACGCCUCUGAAGGUGCAGCAGUUCCCGUCGACCUGCGAGACCGGCCCAGGCAGUCCGUCGGGGCACGUGAUGGUCAGCGCUGCCGUCUGGUGGGUCGUCGUCUCCUCUCUGGCCUCCUGCGUCCUCGGGCGCUCCGGCAGUAAGAUAUUAGCUGUAGUGCCGUAUCUGUUGUACGCCGUGUUUUUGGGAUGUGUAGGCCUUUCUCGAAUCUUCAUCUUGGCUCACUUUCCACAUCAAGUCGUCUCAGGUCUUCUGACAGGGGUGUUUCUGGGGGUUGUCCUGGAGCGCUCAGUCCCUGAACAUCGUCCUCUGUCCUUCUUCUUCCUCGUCAGCGUGGCUUUGGUCCUCGGGGCUCUCGUGACGCACGGAGCCCUGCAGAAGAUCGGGGUGGAUCUCUCUUGGUCCGUCUCUCUGGCUAAGAGGUGGUGUUCUCGUCCCGAGUGGGUCCAGAUGGACACGGCUCCCUUCUCGUCUCUGAGCCGGGCCGCCGGGGCUCUGCUGGGUCUGGGGCUGUCUCAGCACUGGAAGCCGGGCGGAUGGGCCCUUCCGUGGGCGUCCAGGAGCCUGUGCCUGGCCCUCUCGUCCGUAGCCCUUCACUACAUCAACAGCUUCCCCCUGCCCUCGGCCCCGGCCCUGCUCUUCUACUCGCUCUUCUUCCUCAAGUACAGCCUCGUGCCGCCGGUGGUGAUGGUGCUGGUGCCCGGGUUCGUGCAUCUCCUCACAGAUAAACCCAGGAGGGAGUGAAGCUCAGAGCCAGCGUUUUUAGAGGAUCACAAUUAGAUUGUGCCAAAGAACGUCUUUACUCAAAAUGUUUCUUCUUGUUAUCUCGUCUUUGACGUUUCUUUUAAAAGACGUUUGGCUGUUCAACAGUUGUUUACUGUAUUUCUUUUCUUUUUUUGAGUUAUUGAAGUCUCUUCUUGUUUAUAUAUAAUAUUUGUUUGCUUGUAAUAAACUUGCUUAAGUGUGAAAAAACA